AUGGUGUCUAAUCUUGAAGAAGAAACGCCUGACAAAGAAAUUGAACAUGUGAGAAAGAAAUCAACUGAGCUGCUUGAGGGUACAAGGCAGGUACAAAAGGUUGCUACAGUUUAUGGAUAUAUAUUUGAUCUUUCGUUCAGAUGUCAAAAUCAAAUCCUCGUCUGUGGUUCUUACAGAAUCAAAAAGAGUUUUAAGAUUCGUGCCUUGGAUUUUGAUGGAAAAGAAGUUAUGUCGAUCCGCGUUCAAAAACAACCAAACUACAUCACACAAUCUCACGAUGAAACGAUUUUUUACACGUCAGAAAGUCAACAAGGUGUACAAAGAGUUAAAAAUGGAACUAUUGAGACAAUUACUUUAGACAGUUCUUGGAAACCAAGAGGCCUUUCCUGCAGUUCUGAUGAUAUAAUCGUAGCUGAGCAUAAUGAAAUGACAAAUCUAGGACGUUUGAGUAUCUAUACAUCAGAUGGUGAGAGGCGGAAAAUCAUUGGUGCCAUUGGCUCACACCAUGAACUCGUAAAGCCCACAUAUGUUUGUGUCAACAGUAAUUCGGAUAUCUGCACCUCUGAUGAAGGGAGACAAAUGGUUUUUGUGUUCAUUUCAUCUGGUGAUUUGAAAUUUAUGUAUAAAGGCAAAAAGGGAUUUAAGUCUUUCACGCCUCGAGGCCUCGCUACGGAUUGUUUGGGUAACAUCCUUAUUGCUGACUAUAUAAAUCAUGCAAUACAUGUGAUUGACUCCGAAGGAAAUUUUUUGAGAUAUAUUUUGAAAGACAUUAAUUUUCCUACUGCUCUGGCAAUUGAUGACAGAAGAAGACUCUUACUGGGACAAUAUCUAGACGCCAGCAUUCAAGUAGUGGAGUAUUUAAAACCUUCAUAA